AUGAGCUUUGCUCACGACGAAGAGGCCGGCCCUGGCCGCACUGGCCGCCAUAUGAGCGUUUCCCAAUAUGCGAACAACAUGGGCGCGCCAACCUUUGAUACCACUCGCCGCAGGUCUUCGGUUGUUCCAGCUGCGGUCGUCGGGGCACACCAAGAUGAAGUCAUCUUCAACCAGAGGGAUGACACGCUUCGCAAGAUGUCCGUGGCUGUUCCCAACUUGGCUGAGCUUACUGCAGAUGCCCAAGCAGCUGCGAAUUUGGAACACAAGAUGGGCUUCCGCGCCGGAUGCAAACUCUAUCCCAAGGCGAUCAUGUUCUCCUUCUGCUUGUCCUUGGCCGUCAUCAUGGAAGGCUACGACACCUACCUUCUGGGUAAUUUCUUUGGUCUGCCAACCUUCGCGCGCAAGUACGGUGAGCCGGCCGGUAUCAAGGACGGGGUCCAGACAUACCAAGUAUCUGCAUCGUGGCAAUCCGCCCUUCAGAACGGCACGGCUGCCGCCCAAAUCAUCGGACUUAUGAUCAACGGCAUCAUUUCCGAGAGGAUCGGGUACCGAUGGACAAUGAUCGGAGCGUUGUUGUUCCUGACCGCCGUCAUCUUCAUUACCUUCUUUGCUGUUGAUGUUCAAAUGCUGCUGGCCGGCUACGUCUUGUCUGGUCUUCCAUGGGGUGUUUUCCAGACCCUCACCACUACAUACGCCGCAGAAGUGUGCCCAGUACCUCUCAGGCCCUAUUUGACCACCUAUGUCAACCUCUGCUGGGUCAUUGGUCAACUUCUUGCCGCCGGUGUCCUCAAGGGCUUUGUCAACGCCUCUUCACAAUGGGCUUACCGUGUCCCUUACGCCAUUCAGUGGAUUUGGCCCAUCCCAAUUGCCAUCACUGCGUACCUGGCCCCCGAGUCACCGUGGUGGCUAGUGCGUCACGGCAAGCUUGACGAAGCACGUCAGGCGCUCCUUAAGCUGACUUCCAGGAAAAAUACCGAAUUCAACGUCGAAGACACACUCGCGAUGAUGAUCCACACCAAUGAGCUGGAAAUUCAACAGACAUCUGGUACCUCGUACUGGGACUGCUUCAGAGGAGUCGAUCUCCGGCGAACCGAAGUCACUUGUUCCACCUGGCUCAUUCAGCAGACAUCGGGCUCUCCCAUGAUCGGCUGGGGUACUUACUUCAUGAUUCAGGCCGGUCUUGACGAGUCCGACGCAUACUCUCUCGGUGUUGGCCAAAGUGCCAUGGGCUUUUGCGGUACUGUGCUCUCUUGGUUCUUGAUGCCACACUUUGGUCGGCGCACAUUGUAUCUCUGGGGCCAGGUCGGCAUGUUCAUCAUUCUCAUGAUCAUCGGUGGUCUAGGAGUUCCGAGCUUGUCCACCUCUGUUGGCUGGGCGUCGGGCGCCUUGAUCCUCAUUUUGACAUUUAUAUACGACUUCACGGUCGGCCCAGUCUGUUAUUCUCUGGUCGCCGAGAUCCCGUCGACCCGGCUGCGGAUCAAGACCGUCGUGUUGGCCCGCAACGUCUAUAACAUUAUGGGCAUCGUGAUCGGGACAUUGCAGCCUCGCAUGAUGAACCCGACUGCAUGGAACUGGCGCGGAAAGACCUGCUUCUUCUGGGGCGGUCUGAACCUGCUCGGUCUGGUCUGGACUUACUUCCGUCUCCCGGAGCCAAAGGGCCUCACUUAUGCCGAACUUGACGUUCUAUUUGAGAAUCAUGUAUCUGCUCGCAAAUUCAAGACCGUCAAGGUCGAUCCGUUCCGCUCAGACAACCUCGUCGUCAUCCCGGACGAAGAUGUCAGCAGCCACGAAGGCGGCGAAAAGAAAGGGUACUAA